AUGAACUCGCGGACCGCGCCGGCGCGGCCAAGAAGGGCCGCAGGCUCGGGCGCGGCAUCGGCUCCGGUCGCGGCAAGACCUCGGGGCGCGGCCACAAGGGCCAGAAGGUCGCGAGCCGGCGUUGCCAUCAAGGGAUUCGAGGGCGGCCAGAUGCCGCUUUACCGGCGGCUGCCCAAGCGGGGGUUCACCAAUGCCCGCUUCCGCAAAACCUUCGAGACCGUCAACAUCGGCCGCUUGCAGGAGGCGAUUGAGCAGGGGCGUCUCGACGCAAGUGCGCCCGUGACCGAGGCCGCGCUGGCCGCUGUCGGGCUCACGCGCGGGCGUCACGGCGUGCGCCUUCUCGCCAAGGGCCGGAUCGAGAGCGCCGUCAUCGUCGAGGUGACCGGCGCCUCGAAGGCCGCCAUCGCUGCGGUCGAGGCCGCCGGCGGCUCGGUGACCCUCAGCGCGCCCGCCAAGGCCGAAACAACGGCCGAGGAAACGGCAAAGGACGCCUGA